CAGGCGGCGGCCGGAGCGGGUUGUACCGGGAUACUCGUGAAAGAUGGUGGAUCGCUUGGCAAACAGCGAAGCAAAUACUAGAAGAAUAAGUAUAGUGGAAAACUGCUUUGGAGCAGCUGGUCAACCCCUGACUAUUCCUGGCCGUGUUCUGAUUGGAGAGGGAGUCCUAACAAAACUGUGUAGGAAGAAGCCCAAAGCAAGGCAGUUCUUCCUGUUCAAUGACAUUCUUGUUUAUGGUAACAUUGUCAUCCAGAAGAAGAAAUACAAUAAACAGCACAUAAUCCCCCUGGAAAACGUCACCAUUGAUUCCAUCCAGGAUGAGGGAGACUUACGGAACGGGUGGCUUAUCAAGACACCAACAAAGUCUUUUGCAGUUUAUGCUGCCACUGCUACAGAGAAGUCGGAGUGGAUGAACCACAUCAAUAAGUGUGUUUCUGAUUUGCUUUCCAAAAGUGGGAAGACCCCUAGCAAUGAACACGCAGCUGUGUGGGUACCGGACUCGGAAGCCACUGUGUGCAUGCGCUGUCAGAAAGCCAAGUUCACGCCCGUCAACCGCCGUCACCACUGCCGCAAGUGCGGCUUCGUCGUCUGCGGGCCCUGCUCGGAAAAGAGGUUUCUGCUGCCCAGCCAGUCUUCCAAGCCAGUGAGGAUCUGCGACUUCUGCUAUGACCUGCUUUCUACGGGGGAGAUGACUGCUUGUCAGUCCACUAGGUCAGACUCCUACAGCCAGUCACCUAAGUCAUCUUUAAAUGAUGUGUCUGAUGAUGAUGAUGAUGAAGACAGUAGCGAUUAAGGACCAAAUGUUUUUUCCAUGUGUUGCAAGUUGUGUUUCAAACCAUAUGGAGCUGCUUUCGGGGAAGUCUGUAGUGAGGUUCCUCAGAGAAAUCCUGUUCUAGCCAUGAAAUAUGCCUGAAUAUCUUUAACUGCAAUGUGCCUCAAUUUAUGAAUUCUCUAGACAAUAGUUGGGUUUUUUUCUCCUCUGCAGGGAUAGACUGGUGCAAAUGUUAUCAGAAUAUUUCCCAACUUCAUUUACUUGAGUUGUGUCUAGGUUAGACUUUUGUGGAAGAUUGGAAGAUGAAAUGUACUUCCUUAAUUUAACAACCCAUACUUUCUAAUGUUUCACAUUGGUAUGUUAUGUGGGUUUUUUUUUUUCAGAUCUAAGGAGGAAAACUGUGAGCACGCAUGGGAUGGUGAUGUUUUUGUUAAUCCUGUAGACUAUCUUAUUUUUCUAGCCGUGGUAUAUAAUUAAGUACAAGGUCAUCCAAUGUACAAACCUAAAUGUCACCAAACUCUUGUUUUGCUGUUACUUGUGACUUCCUAUGCCAAGCAGUGCCUUGUACCAAUUGUGCUGAUUCAGGAAGAAGCAAACCUAUUUAUGUCUGUAUUUGCCUAAAUGCUGGUAUCUGAGAGAUUGUUGGUGCUAUUAAAAAUAACUGCUGUGUUCAAAGUGGAGCUUUGACAAGGUCAUAAUUGCACCCCAUGGUGGAUGUUGGAGACCCAAAUGGCACAUCCUUACCUCUGCAGGCAGAUCUGGAGACUGCAGAUUCCUGCAGGCUUCAGCAGCUUUCUCCUUGCAGAAGUUUGUGUUGUGGGUUGGGAUCUUCAGAUGGGAAGCUUAGGGAGAUUCUUCAUGGGGAUUUAUAUACUUUCUUUUCAGAACAGUUUCUAAGUUUGAAAUUUGGCAAAUGCAUACUGAAAUUUUAGUUGGAUGAUACAGCAUUUGGGUGUGCUAGCCUACAUAUUUUUGGAAGUAAUUCCCUAAAAUGUCACAAUUUUUUUUCUUAAAACACUGGUGAGAGUAUUGGGUUCUUUCUUCCCCCCAGGAGUUUUAUUGGCUUGUUUAGAAAUAACCUCAUAUUUUGAAGAAGAAGCCUGCAAGUAUCCUUACAAAACUGGCUUUCCUUUUUACACAGCUGACCUCAGGAUAAAUGUGAGAUGCAAGUUACUUCAUUUUAAAUGUAUACCCAGGACCAAGAAAGAUGUAUUUAAGGACUCUCAUGAAAUUGUCAGUGCAGAAAAUGUCUCUAUCAUAGCGUUCAUUUUAAUUUCUUGAAUACAGAAGUGUCAUGUUCCCAUAUAAAUGCAAAAAUUACACUUGCAAAGACAUGUUAAACCCCCAAAUAUGUUUCUGUAUUUUUAUAAUGAUAACCUCAAUUUUGAAGCAGAAAAACCUCUUUGAAAUAGUUGUAUGAAUAUAGCAGCAACUGACUUUAUACAAAAAAUGUUAAACUGUUGUAUCUCUAAAUGAUGAUUUCUGCACUGUUUGCCUUGGUUGGCAAUAAUUGGGUUAAGUAUUUAUUGAAUAAACAAUCAAUGCUGCAUGUUGCACUAGUCUCCCAUUCUGUAUGCUGAAAGUGUCAGUCAUAUUUUUUAUAAAAAUUAGCAGAGUACUUCGGAGCCGUAUCCCUCCAUGAGAUUUCUGGUAGCUAAAGAUGCACUUAGCAUCUAUAGAGAGGCACUCUACAUUCAUACUUUGCAAGACAUUGCUUCAGGUAAAAAUUGCAUCCGUAUUUUUAGCUUAGACAAUUUCUAAAAAUAAGGCUUUCUUUAGAAACACUGAGGAGUAUUUGUUCUACUUAGAAAUAAAUACACAAAGGGAAAAAACACUUUGAUGCAGACUUGGGACCAGGAAGAUUCUGUAGAAUUGCCAGAUUGUAUAUACUGAAAGACUAGUGGAAAUAAGUAGUUGCAUAUACUUUUUCCGUGAAAGAUGAGGGAGUGGUGACUGCAGCAGGGAAAAUGGGCUGUUCUGAGAAGGCACUUUGAGUUAAUAGUGCUUACUAUUUGUACCUCUUGGUAUUUCUAUUUCAGAAGUGGAGACUUGCUAGCUUCAGUUUUUCUGUAGAAUCAAAGUACAAACCAACCUCGUACAUACCUUCCAGUGACUAACCCUCGUCUUCUUCCUUAUCCAAUUGUUUCUUCUUUCUUAAGCUGUCAAAUAUUAACUUGUCGUAUUAAAGAGUCCAUCUCCUUGUGUACUUUCCCCUUGGUUUCCAUAGGUUUUGCUUUUCAGCACCUUUUGGUGGUGGGAAAAGGGUUUCUGAGAGUUAGAUCACAUCCUGUAUUUUGAGAAUGUACUUGUACCUACUUUAUAUAUACUUUUUAUCUGUGAAUGAAACUUGCACUGUGCUGCACUGACCCCUGAAGCUGUAACCAAACCAAUGUGUGUGUGUGUGGAAUUUUUCAUCUGAAAUUGUUGUAUAUGGUCCAAGCUUUUUUAAAAAGCAUUAAAAAAUGUGUUUUAUGGAAAUAUUCCUAUUCCUCAGUGAUAUUUGUUUAGAACUUUACAAAAUGGACUGAACAUUGACUUCUCCUGUAGUUAAAACUUUCUGAAAGGGCUCAUUUUGUACUUUGUAAUCUUGUUCUGUCAAGUUACUUUAUUUACAAAUACAUGGUAUAGCUUCAA